AUGCUCCAUACUUCUCACUGCGUUAUUGAUGCUUUGAACAUAAAUGGACGAGCCUCUGUUACUUUCAGAUACAUGCUGACUGAUGAAGGUCGGGAAACAGCACGUGAAUGCCUCAUGAGAUCUCGCAUGGAGGAUCCCGGUGAGAGUUUGGCUAAUUUAGAGGGCUCUUCUGAUCUGAACAUGCUGAAUACAUCAGAUAUGGAGUCUGUUUGCCCUGAUUCAGCUAGGGAAGCAACAUUUACAUCCAUUGGCUUAAGUAGGCAGAAGAAAUCAAUUGAUGUUCCCCUUGAAUCUCUUGAGAGGUUUAUGCGCAUGGGGUAUUCCAAAGAAAAAGUUAUUCAUGCUUUUUCUAAAGUGUCAGAAACCUCCCAUUACAAGGAGAUUUCGUCACUUUGGCCAGCGGUUCUGUGUCGCCUUCGAGAAGAUCUCAUUUAUGGUGUGCAUUCAGAGCCUGAAACUCUAACAGAAGACUACCAAGCAACAUCAACUGCUCACACAUUUUCAAAUGGUAAUAAGCUAACCAUUUUGAAUGCUGUUAUCACUCUUGUUGAAAAUGUUAGGCGGUUACCAGUUGGAGAUGGAAUCUGGAUAGCUCGCCAUAAAUAUCUGCACAGUGAAUAUGUUCUUGAUUUUAUUGUUGAGAGGAAGAAAAUUGAUGAUUUGCGCUCUUCAAUAAGGGAUAACCGUUAUAGAGAUCAGAAAUUGAGGCUUCUUAGAUGUGGACUCAAGAAGCUGAUAUAUCUUGUGGAAGGUGAUCCAAACUCUUCUGAAGCUGCUGAAAGCAUCAAAACAGCCUGUUUUACAACAGAGAUUUUAGAGGGCUUUGAUGUGCAGAGAACAAAUUCCUUACGUGAUACUCUGAAGAAAUAUGCUCAUCUUACUCAGUCAAUAGCCCAAUACUAUAGGUUACAGCUGCCUGAGGAUCAGUCCACAAGCGCCAUGGUUUGUCCUCCUUUUGAUGAAUUUAUCAAAAGGUGCCAAGAUCUAGACAAAAUGACAGUUAGUGAUGUAUUUGCUGUUCAGCUCAUGCAGGUUCCGCAAGUAACUGAGGAAAUUGCAAUGGCUGUUUUGGAAUUGUAUCCGACUCUGCUUUCUCUUGCCCGUGCCUAUUCUCUUCUUGAGGGUGAUGUUUCUGCUCAAGAGAACAUGCUUAGAAAGCAGAGUAAUAACGCUGUCAGUGCAGUUGCCAGUAGGAAUAUCUUCCGGCUAGUUUGGAGCAAUGACCAGUGA